CACACUGUCACAGGUUCAGUUGUCAACGAGCAGGAUGGGGGAGAGACGGCCGGUGUUCGUCCUCCUCGGUCUCUAUUUUUCUUCGUGUUUCCACUACAGUGCGGCAUCUCUCUACGAUAGCAAUGACGACUUAGUUAUAUUAGACCAUAGUAAUUUCUCAUCCGCAAUUUACGGGACACAGAACGCUUGGGUUGUAGAGUUUUAUAACACUUGGUGUGGGCACUGCAUUCAGUUCGCCCCCAAAUGGAAAUUAUUUGGAACGGAUUUGAAAGAUUGGGAACACACAAUAAAAGUGGGCGUUCUUGAUUGUGCCGAAAAUGAAAACAUACCACUUUGUCGAGAACAUGAGAUUAUGGGAUACCCAACCAUCAGGCUAUUUGCUGCACGCACCAGCAAGGGAGAUGUGGGUACAGAUUUGCAGCGAUCUUAUACUGUGGAAGAUAUGAGCAAUUCAGUCAUUGACUUACUGGCAGAGAAGCAAAGAGCCAGUAAUGGAUCUUCCUCAUGGGUGAAUCUGCAACCUUACCGAGGUUCAUCAUCUGAUGUGUGGACGGAAGUACGGGAGUAUGGAGCUGUGGAACACGCUGUGAUUAUUGUUGAUGUAGCUCAGUCUUAUGCUGCACGAUCCACCAUUCUUGAUCUUGGACGAUACUCCAAUAUUGUUGUUCGCUACCAGGAGGCUCAAGAGAAACAUGUUAGGGAGUAUGGUGCUGCAUCUCUCCCUGCCAUUAUAUUUAUUGAUAAGAUUGGGAAGGAAGAAGUUGUGAGUGGAUCAUCUAAAACCCGUAAAGAAUUGAGAGAAACAAUCGUGGCCAAGCUUGGUUUGAAUCAAGGAAUGUUGCCAUAUAAGACUGUGUUCUCAGGACGAAGUGAUGGCACUGUAAAUAAAGAGGAGAUAGAGGGAGCUGGAGAUGGGCAACCAGAAGAAAUAAAUAGUGAUAAAUUAAACUAUGAAGAUGAUUUGCCUGAUGCAGCAUUUGCUGGGGUAGAAAGAAAGGACCAAGUAUACAUGGUAGAUGUAGAAAAUGCAGUUUCUUAUGCAUUAGGACAUGAAGUGGCACAACAUAAAGUUAUCAGAGGAGAUUCAGUUAAAGCACUUCAUGACUUUCUGGAUGUACUUGUAAGAUAUCUCCCUGCUAGACCAGCUGUCCAUCACUUCCUUACAAAACUGUAUCAAUAUACACUUAGUCACAGUGACAGAAUUGAGGGAGAACAGUUUGCUGAAGUUAUUAAGUCUCUUCAAGGCCCAGAUUCUGUCCUCCCAAAUCAUCAACCCUGGAUUGGGUGUUUAGGAAGUGAACCAAAGUACAGAGGCUAUCCAUGUGGUCUUUGGACAACAUUCCAUAUACUGACAGUAAAUUCAGUACUUCAGGAUGGGAAUAGUGAGUUAUACAGACCUAAGAAAACAUUGCAAGCUAUUCAUGGAUAUGUAAAGCAUUUCUUUAGUUGUAAAUACUGUUCAGAGCAUUUCCAAGCUAUGUAUGCAAAAGAUGCAGAAUCAUCUGUAAUUGUUGCAGAUGAUGGAAUACUCUGGCUAUGGCGAGGCCAUAAUAAGGUCAAUAAACGCUUGAAAGGGGAUGAAAGUGAGGAUCCCAAGCACCCAAAGCAGCAAUUUCCUUCUAAAUCAGCAUGUCCAUCUUGUUGGAAUGGUGAGACAUUAAAGGAAAAGGAAGUCUUGACAUACUUAAAAAAUAUUUAUGCAAAAGGAGCCCUUUCAUUUAAAGGCACCCAGACAAUUGUAGUCCCACCAAAAAAUAAACAAGCAAAAGUCAGAGAACAAUUAGAAAAACACAAGCAAAGAGAAAGAGAAGUAGAAGCACUGGUUGUAAACAAGAAGCGUCACAAUGUCAGUGAGGACCAACCUCUUCGCCCUCUUAGCACUUGGGGCUUCAACAACACAGACAUUAGCUUAUGUGUCUUCUUGUAUGGGAUUUCUACCAUCAUCAUUAUGAGUGUGUACUGUAUGGUAGUAAUCAGAAGGAAAAUGAGAAGAAGGAGGUUCUUAGAAACGUACAAAUUGCCCGUCAGAACAGAGAAGAAGAAUAACCAGAGAAGUUCUCACGAAUCUCUUGCAAGUGAUGAUAAUCAUCGCAAGGUGGAGGAAUAGUGCUUCGUGCACUUCAACCUCUGCAGCUAUGUAACACAUAAUGCUCAACUAUACACACAGAUGCUAUGAAAUGCCUUUGCAGAGAAGAAAUUUGCAAUAACUAUUAAUUAAGUUUUAUAUAGUUGUUUGUUCUGUUGCUUUUGGUGAAGAAAUUAUUAGAGACAGACUUUAUAUGUUAUUUAUGUGCUCCAACUAUACAAAUUUUUGGAACGCCAACUAAAAAUAAUGUCUAUAUGAGUAGCAUUUUUGUGCUUUUGUGUGAUACAUGACAUUUUUAUAUUUUUUAUCAUUACAUAACAUAAGGCACUAGAGAAAUUAAAUUAAUUUUAAUUGAGAAAUUUCGGAUUUUUAGUGUCAUUAAUUAAUGGUAAACAGUAUUAUACUCUCAACAAAGUUAAACAAGCUUAUUUUUAUUAAUGUAAUACAGUAUUUGUAGGAGAGUUUUAGUAUUUAUGUAUAAGAACAUAAUAAAUGCACAAAUUAUAUUAUAGAAUAAUGUAAGAAACUUUUCAGCAAGCAUGUGAUAAAUUCCCAAGCACACAUUUGGGACUUUAUUAUUACUUUCCAUAUAAUUUAUAUCCGAAUAGUAUAAGUACAAUAUUUUGUCCCUUUGCAGUUGAUGCUGUUUAUUCAUUUGCUGUAUUUUAUGACAUGUUGGUCAUCAGUAGGUAGUACAGGUAGUUCUGCUAUAACGUGAUAAUUGUGUUCUUGUAAAAUAUCGUGUUAUAGAAAAUCGCGUAAUAGAAAUAACAGGGCUUAUGGAGAAAAUAGGGUUAGGUGCAGAUUACUCGAA